AAAAGAAAAGCAAUUGCAUAAUCUUGCCGCAAUGGGAGCCCCAGCCUACCUAUCCCCUCGCUUCCUCCCCCUCCACCACACCGCCCACAGCCUCAUCUCCGGCGAACCCAACAGCCGCCCACGGCUGCACAUGUCAGGUCCUCUCGCGCUUAAAUCCGGGUCCAGUCCUAACGAUGUCGACGAGCAGCCCCUGCCUUCGCGACGACACGCGUAAGAAGCAGAGCAACAACAAGAGGCAGCUCGUAAUCGCCUUUCUCCUCCGCGCGCUGCUGCUCAUGUGCGUGGCGUUCCGGCUGGCCGCGUCGCUGACCCGCGCUUUGUACACCGUGGCCGUAGGCAGCGUCGGGCUCCUCUUCGCGGCGGCCAACGCGGCGUGCCUCCGGUGCAUCGACGGGCGGAGGAGCGUGACGGGGACGGCGUGCGGAGAUUUUGUGGUGGCCGCCAUGGCGCACUCGUGGAGGGUCCUGCUUCAGGGGAUCACCUCGCUGGUGUUCCUCUGCGCUCACGCCGAUGAGUAUGUCCGGCCGCCGCCCAGCCCGCUCGUGCUCGUGCCGCACGACAAGCCGGCGGCGCAUCCUCAGCAGGUGCACAUUUCGAUCGUCGGAACAAACCACAUGAGGAUCUCCUGGGUGACCGACGACCGGAGCGCGCCAUCCGUGGUACACUACGGCACCUCCCGGAGCAACUACACAUCAUCGGCAACAGGCUCCCACACAACGUACCGCUACUUCCUCUACAAGUCCGGCGCGAUCCACCACGCCACGAUCGGGCCCCUCUCCCCCGGCACGGUCUACUACUACCGCUGCGGCGACGCCGGCGACGAGUUCACCCUCCGGACCCCUCCAUCAUCCCUCCCCAUCGAGCUCGUCGUCAUCGGCGACCUCGGCCAAACCGAGUGGACGGCAUCGACUCUAUCCCACAUCGCUGCUGCCGACCACGACAUGCUGCUGCUCCCAGGUGACCUGUCGUACGCGGACACGUGGCAGCCGCUGUGGGACUCGUUCGGGCGGCUCGUGCAGCCGACCGCGAGCUCACGGCCGUGGAUGGUCACGGAAGGGAACCAUGAGAUUGAGACUCUCCCCAUCGUUGAGUUUGCGCCGUUUGUCGCUUACAAUGCGCGGUGGCGGAUGCCGUAUGAGGAGAGCGGGUCGGCGUCUAACCUGUAUUACUCCUUUGAUGUGGCUGGGGGUGAAGUUCAUGUUGUGAUGUUGGGGUCUUAUGUGGGGUUUGAGGAAGGGUCGGAGCAGUAUGUGUGGCUGGAGAAGGACCUGCUUGCCCGGGUGGAUCGCCGGAGGACGCCGUGGGUUGUGGUGUUGCUGCAUGCGCCGUGGUAUAAUACUAAUCAGGCGCAUCAGGGUGAAGGGGAGAAGAUGAGGGUUGCCAUGGAGAGGCUCCUCUAUGAGGCUCGUGUCGAUGUCGUCUUCUCCGGCCACGUCCACGCCUACGAGCGCUUCACGAGGAUCUACGACAACGAGGCCGACAGCCGGGGGCCGAUGUACAUCACCAUCGGCGACGGCGGCAACCGAGAAGGCCUUGCAAGCAAGUUCAUCAAGGAUCAUAAGUCGGCUCACCUGUCGGUGUUCCGAGAAGCGAGCUUCGGCCACGGGCGGCUGAGGAUCGUCAACGAGACGAGCGCCGUCUGGACUUGGCACCGCAACGACGAUGAGCACGCCACUGUACGGGACGAGGUCUGGCUCGAGAGCUUGGCGAGUCCGAAGCCAGCCAUGGUAACCGUCGUUCGCCGCGGCGAUGAGUUGUAGGAUAUGGAUAUCCAUGUAUCUCCCGGUCUCCCCACCGCUGUUUUGUGGAAUCAUCGUGCUUUAGAUGGGCCUGUUAGAAUUGCGUCCCGAAAUUUCUGUUUCAUUGGAUUGUUCGCUGCUCAGGUCAAGAACAUUCGGCUUUUCACAUUGUAAAACUAGAAUAUCUCAACAGCAACAAAAUUAGUAUUUUUUCCGAUA